CGAUUUUAAAACACCGCUGACGUUUUUAGUGUCUGCCGACACCAACUUUAAUAAUUGUCGACACAGGAGUCUGGUUGUCACACUUAUCAAUUAUUGCAUAAAAAAAAUGGCGUCUACUGGAGAAGAAGAAAACGUUUUACAAGAAAAUUCUGGUCGACGCACUCGUUCCAGCAGGCGUGUUUCUGCUACACAACCAGUCUCCUCACCAGUGCCCAGAACCACCAGACGUUCUAAGAAGCAAGAACAGUUGACUGAGCAAGAAGAAUUAGUACACGAGUCAACAAUAGACGCGGAACAAACAAAUAUAAUACAAGAAAUGUUGGCAGAGGCAGCUCAAGGAAAUAUAAUGGACUCUGCUGGGGCACAAGGGAACGCUUCACCAUCACAUCAGGGUGGACAGGAGCAGGAAAUAAUUGAGGAAGAUAUUGUCGAAGAAAUUAUCUCUACUGAGGGUGAUGAAUGUGUGGUAUAUGAGGAACAGGUCAUUGAAGAGAUCUAUGAAAAUGUGCAUGAGGAAAAUCACGAGAAUAUAGCUGCCAAUUCUGAUGCAAAUCUCGAUGAAAAAUCAUCUUCAUUUCCAUUUGCCACCGAAGAAGUGGGACAAUCGGAAACAUCAGAAGAUUUAAAUGAACAGCGUGAAAGCAAGGAGGAAAAUAAUGAAGCAGAAAAUCAGGGAACACAAGAAAAUUCCUUACUGGCUUCUUUAGUGGGUGAUAAUGCCAACAGUUUGCCCUCAGUGGGUUGUGGUGCCGAGUCAGAAAAAGAACAUUUCGAGUCUAAAGUGUUGGAGGAGAAUUGUGAAAAAUUAGAUUCAGAAGAUUCUCUAUCAGAGCCAGCCAUAGCUGAAGAUGUACCAAUUGCCAGUGGCAGUGAUGAUACCAUGGUUAAUACAGAAGUAAUAUCUGAAGAUGAACUGCCACCACCCACUAAACCGGAAAUUAAUGAUGCCGAAGAGGUAUCCGAUGAAGAAUUACCAGCACCACAGCGUGCCGAGCUACCAGCCGAUGCUGAGGUAAUAUCUGAAGAUGAAUUACCUGUCACCUCAACGCUGGGAGAAGAUCAAAAAGAUUCUCCCACGGGGAAGAAGCGUAAAGCAGAACUACCGCCAGAUGCUGAAGUUAUAUCAGAAGAUGAGUUACCAGCUGGUGAAAAACAAAGUCCCAUGUCAGUUAAAAGUGAUGAACAAGCGGGAAAAGUUUCGCAUAAAAAACGGAAAGCUGAAUUACCUUCAGAUGCUGAAGUUAUUUCAGAAGAUGAGCUGCCCGUUUCUAGUGCCGUCGGUGAAAAGCAAAGUCAGUCUCCUUCGGGUAAUGCCGAACAGAAUGAAUCGUCUUUGACACGUAAAAAGCGUAAAGCAGAAAGUCGGGGUGCAUCCUCGGAGAAGAAAUUGGAGGGAAAUUCAAGUAAAAAAGAUGAACAGUAUAACCCAAUGAGCCCUACUAGCGAGAGUAAUGAUUCUACGCCCAUGGAAAAGAAGGCAAAGUUAGAAGAAACAGAACACAAAGAAAAACGUAAAGAUAAGGAACGUGAAAAAGAAAAGGAUGGUAGUAGUAGCAGUAGUAGUAAAGAUAAAGACAAAGAACGUGAAAAAGAUAAAGACAAAGAAAAGGAACGUAAAAAACUUCCCGACUUGGAUAAAUACUGGCGGGCCGUCAAAGAUGAUCCAGCUGAUUUUACCGGCUGGACUUAUCUCUUACAAUAUGUGGACAAUGAGUCCGAUGCUGAGGCAGCACGUGAAGCUUAUGAUGCAUUUCUCUCCCAUUAUCCAUAUUGUUAUGGUUAUUGGCGUAAAUAUGCCGAUUAUGAGAAACGUAAGGGUAUUAAGGCCAACUGCAACGCGGUCUUUGAACGUGGCUUGGAAGCAAUACCACUUUCGGUUGAUUUGUGGAUUCAUUAUUUAGCACAUGUCAAAUCAAAUCAUAGUGACGAUGAAGAUUAUAUACGUUCACAAUUCGAAAGAGCCGUAGAAUCUUGUGGUUUAGAAUUUCGAUCGGAUAAAUUGUGGGAUGCCUAUUUGAAGUGGGAAAAUGAAGGAAAACGCUAUCAAAAUAUGGUGAAGAUAUAUGAUCGUUUAAUUGCCAUUCCAACACAAGGUUACAGUGGACAUUUUGAUAAUUUCCAAGAUUUAAUAAAUCAACACUCCAUAACCAGUACCAUAACAGCAGAAGAAAUCAAAAAGAUACGUACAGAGCUAAAAGAAUCUGCCUCUGCAACAAAACCACGUUCCAAAUCAAAACGUGGCAGUUCAAAAGAUAAAGACACAGAAACAAAAGAUAAAGAUAAAGAAAAAGAAAAGGAAAAAGAUAAAGAUAAAGAUAAAGAAAAAGACAAGGAAGGAAGUGACAACGACAAAGAUAAAGAAAAUUCCGAUAAAGUUUCAAAUGAUGAAGUAACUGAUAACGAAUCUAAUGCCGAUGCAAUGGUUACAGAAGAGGAUACAAAAACACCAAAAUCCACAGAAGAUUUGAGUGAUUUAAGCACACUUACCGAAGAGGAAAUUCAUGCGAUUAAAGAUAAAAUCAUAUCAUUAAGACGUAAAAUACAUAAAAGCACAGUAUCAGCCAUUACCGCCCGCUGGACAUUCGAGGAGGGUAUUAAGAGACCCUAUUUCCAUGUAAAACCUUUGGAAAGAUGCCAGCUAAAGAAUUGGAAAGAUUAUUUAGAUUUCGAAAUUGAAAAAGGUGAUCGCAAACGCAUCUUAGUGCUAUUCGAAAGAUGUUUAAUAGCCUGCGCUUUAUACGAUGAAUUUUGGCUGAAAAUGAUACGUUAUUUAGAGACCAUAAUCGAUCAACCCGGUAUACCGGCCAUAGCCAGCGAUGUCUAUCGCCGAGCCUGUGAAAUCCAUCAUCCCGACAAACCCAGUCUGCAUCUUAUGUGGGCCGCCUUUGAGGAAUGUUCAAAUAAUUUCGAUCGUGCUGCCGAAAUUUUGGUGAAUUUGGAAAAAAGAGUACCCAAUCUCUUGCAGGUGGCAUAUCGACGCAUCAAUGUUGAACGUCGACGUGGUGAUUAUGAAAAAUGUAAAACUCUGUAUGAACAUUAUAUAAAUACCGCUAAGAAUAAAAAUAUAGCCGGCAGUUUAGCCAUUAAAUAUGCUAGAUUUUUAAAUAAAAUUUGUCAAGAUUUAGAGGGUGGCCUAAAGGUUUUGCGUCAAGCACUCGACAAGGAUAGCGCUAACACCCGUGUAGCCUUGCAAAUGAUUGAUUUGGCUUUACAGCGCCCCGCAGUCGAUGAGGAUGAGGUCGUCUUGAUAAUGGAUAAAUUUAUGGCCCGUGAAAACAUCGAACCCGAACAGAAAGUCUUAUUUGCUCAGCGUAAAGUAGAAUUUCUAGAAGAUUUCGGUAGUUCGGCCAAGGGCUUACAGGAUGCACAAAGAGCUUUACAAUUAGCUUUAAAUAAAGCUAAUGAAGCUAAAAAGAAACGGUAAGUUAGAUUUAUUUACUUUAUAUGAUUUUGA